AUGGAGAACGCGCCUUAUUCACUGGGAGAGGUUUUGGUCGUCGCUGAGACCCACCCCUUCUACAAGGAAGAGAUACAGUAUCCACCAGAGGAAAAUAUAAUUCGAGAGCUGAGAGAGAAGGCGUUAACGAAUGAAGCCGCAGAGAAAAGGCUGAGGGUAUGGCCUAUCAUCUGGAAGAAGAACCUUUAUAACACUAUCCAACGACUUGUCAACGAUACGAAUUCCAGUAAUACAUAUCGGCAGAGCGUGUAUGCGAGUAUUACAGGCGGUGGAUUUGGUUCGAAGCCCUUAUUCUUCGGAACGGAUGUGUAUGAGAAUCGCAGACAUAGAGCAUCUUUCGGUCACUUUCUCAAAACACUUGGGGUAAUUAAGCCUGGGGACUGGGCAUUGACUACCCAUUGUGCUGGGGAGCUGUAUAGGUCCCUGGAUCUUACCCUCGAGAUCUUGGAGAACGCUGGCGCCUCGGUUUUGAGCGCUGGGAACUACAUGUCUCCCCACGAUGUUGUCAAGCUCCUUAUAAAAUACCAUAUCAAUAUUCUUGCUAGUGACAGCGCUCAGGUUGUUCAGAUGGUGCACUAUAUCUCAACUCUCCCUGAAGAAGAGCGCGCAUUGAUCAGGCUUGACAAAAUUAUCUAUACUUCUGAAGUGCUUACACCAGCCCAAAGAGCACAUAUAAAGGAGAUUCUGAGCUCUGUGAAGAUCUUUUCCCUUCUUGGGAGCGCUGAAGCAGGUGCCUGGGCGGCCAGUAGCCCUGAUAUCAAUGGAAAGGAGAGUACUACCAGCGAAGAAGAUCUCAUCUUCGAUACUCGAUCUAUGCUUGUUGAAGUCUUUCCACCUUCUGUUACCGAAGGAGAUCCGUGUGCUUGUGCGCUGCCCGAAGGAGAAUCGGGAAUGAUUGUACAAACUUCACUUUCGCGCUUGCGCAAUCCGCUUGUGCGAUAUGUCACGGGCGAUAUCGGAUCUGUCCAUCCUCUGCCUGAGCAUUCCCGCGACAAGAUUCCCGUCCCAGACUGGCCGUUUCUCCGCGUUCUUCGUCUUCAAGGCCGUGACAAGCGAAUCAGCUUCGACUGGGAUGGAGAGUACAUCCAAUUCGAAGACAUGGCAGCCUUGUUGAAUAACGAAGAAUGUGGUAUUCUGCAAUGGCAGAUCAUCCUGGACAAGCUCGAGCCUUCUUUGGAAUCUUGCUUGGAAAUCCGGCUGAUGUGCUCUCCGAGAACAUCUCGCGUACUUUCUGAAAAGGCUCUUAUAAAUCGUAUCAGGGGUUUCCUUCACGUCAUAUCGACUAACAAUUAUCGUUUUAAGACUACCUUUGUGGAUGAGUUGGAUGGAUUUGUUAGAAGUACUACGGGUAGGAAAGUCGUUAAAUUUGUUAAUCGAUACAACUAA